CCCGAAGAAUAUGACAAAAGUGCUCCGUUUGUUUUUUUUUUGACGAAAAAAAGGCUAGUGUGAAAAGGUAAGAAGAAAAUGCCAUACUGAUGACGUGGCUCACCUUUGUUGAGAAUCAAUCGUGACAUGAUGUCACUAGCUAAAAUUUUUUUGGGGCUAAUCCGGAGGAAAAUGAUAGUUAGUGCAAAAGAACAACAUUAGCGGUAUUACUCCCAUAAUCGUGUGUGCAUAGUGACAUACAAAGAUUUCCCUUAUGUUUUUGCGAAAAUAUUACACAAUUCGUAUGCUUAUAAUAGAAAGAAAAACAUUGUAUUUACAUGCUUCUGUUAUUCUCACAUUAACACCAUAUGGUGACCGAACAAAAAUGGCUACGAGUCUUAUUCAUUUCUAACAUGAGUACAUUUAUACAGUUUUGGUGGGAAAUUUCCACCACUAUUUGGAUACCAACUGGAUAACUUGAUCAUGGAUCUAUGUAUUGCAUCCCUUUGUUUUGUUAAUUUAAGAAAUCAAUUGCAGAGGUCUGAGGAAUGGAUGUUGGUGAGAGCUAAUGAACUGAAGGAAGAUGUAUGCAUGAUGUUUAAGUCUUGUAACAACAUGGCAACACAAAUUUGCUUACUGGAUACACUCCAACAUCUCGGAAUAGAUUACCACUUCAAAGAGCAGAUCGACACUAUGCUAAGCCAGAUCUUGGAGAGUGAAUUUUUUAGUAGCUCAAGCCUCAGUGAAGUUGCUCUGGGGUUUCGCUUGCUUAGGGAGCAUGGCCAUUGGGUUUCUCCAGAUGUUUUCAAUAAAUUCAAGACACGAGAUGGGAGCUUCAGUAAGGACAUAUCACAUGAUACAAAGGGGCUAUUAAGUUUGUAUAAUGCAGCUCAUCUUCAUGUUCAUAGUGAGCCAACACUCGAAGAAGCCAUAACUUUUGCAAGGCAUCAUCUUAGAUCAAUGAGGGGUAUUGAUCUAAAGACCCCACUAGCUAAUCAAGUCAAGCGGGCCCUUCACAUACCACUGCCACGGGCUUGUAAGAGGAUAGAAACACUGCAUUAUAUCUCUGAGUACAAAGAAGAGGAAGGAUAUAAUCCAGUUCUACUCAAGCUCGCAAAACUAGAUUUUAACCUUUUGCAACAUGUCCACUUGCAGGAGCUGAAAGCGAUUACUGAGUGGUGGAACAGUUUUUCUAGAAAUAUUGGACUAAGUUAUAUUCGUUGUCGCGUGGUGGAGAGCUACACAUGGGCCUCUGUUGUAUAUUAUCAGAGAGGUUUCAAACUACCAAGACGUAUUAUCGCAAUGAUGAUUGUUCUUAUUACCACUGUGGAUGACACAUAUGAUAUCCAUGCUACCAUAGAUGAUUGUCGGAAGUUACAUGAAGCCAUACAAAGAUGGGAUGAAAGUGCCGUUGAUAUUCUGCCGGAGUACCUGAAGAGGUUGUAUAUGGAGUUGCUGAUAACAUUUAAGAAUAUUGAGGAUGAAGUGCCAGCCAACGUGGACUACAAUGUUUCCUACCUCAGAAAAGCGCGUCGGAAGUGUAAGGGUGAUGCAGCAAGCUCCGUGGAGUGUUACAUCCAUGAGCAUGGAGUCACAGACAAGGUGGCCAUUGCAAGGAUCGAUGAACUAAUAGAAGAGGAAUGGAAGAUUUUGAACAAAGCUCGCUUUGAAAAUCAUGAGCUUCUCCCAGCCUUGCAACCAAUUAUUGAUUUAGCACGCAGCUCGUCAUUGUUCUAUGAUAAUAGGAACGAUGUGUACACACUAAGUACACAUCUUCAGGAGACCGUCGAGAGCCUAUUCCUCAAGCCCAUCUAG